UUUGUCCCAGGAAAACAACUAAUUUCUACGUGAAUUUUAGAAACCAAACCACAUGGAUGAUUGGGUAAGAGUAAGUGAAACUGUCACGCAACGCCAAAAUAAAAUUAAAAAUUCAAGAGGAAACGAGAUACUUACAAAAAAUAGGAAACGGAUAUCGCACUUGGAUUUGAUUAUAGAAGAUCUUUUUAAAGAACAAUGGGCAACAGAAGAAAUUGUAUGUCAGCAAAAAGUCUUAAAUAUAUUGCAAAAUGUGAAAAAUUCUACUUUAUGGGCAACUUGGAUAUGGGAUUCAAUGCAAACUCCAACAGGAAUCUUCUACGGUUCUCGAUAUCAAUUCGGAAAUUACGAUCAAUGCAUGAAAGCACCAUGGCUAGAGACACAUUCGGAGUACAGAACGCAAUAUUGUCUUGCUGAUAUCAAGCUUUAUAAUAAAGAACCACAGAAAAUGAUUGUAGAGCCUUACAGUUCUGUGAAGAGUUAUGUAAAUUCUUUGACAAAACACGGUGUAACAUUCAAUACUAUCACUUGGGGCGUGUGCGUUCCUGUCGAUUGCAACUCGGAGGCCAUCUCUAAACUCGUUCAGAGCUUAUUCAAACAAACACAUCUUGGGCUUACGAUACCAAUUGCCGAUGUCAGCGUUGAUUCAUGCCAAGUCGCCGGGCUUAAGGAGGAGUACCCUGUGAAAUUUUAUCUUAUUCUGUAUGUUUUAGCUUUUGCUAUAAUAGCAGUAGUCACUUGUACGACGUUGAAUAGUUACUACGAAAAUCGUCUCCAAAUGGGCAGAGUUGGAAAUAGGUUUGUCAAAGCCUUCUGCAUGAAGGAAAAUGUGGCGUUGUUAUACAAGGAGUACAAAGAUGAUAUCCCGUCGAUGCAUGGCAUCAGAUGCCUGACAGCUGGCAUAGUAGUCGCCUUACACGUCUGGGUUGUAAACAACUUAGUCGGGACUAUUAACUAUUUGGAUGUUGAUAAAGACACUGAAAAAUAUAACUUGACCGCUUUAGCACACGCAGAGCUAGUCGUGGACACUUAUCUCAUGAUGUCAGGACUUCUUCUGGUUAAGGGAGUUAUGUCUUCGUCGAACCAUUAUAACCCAUUGCUUAUGAUACUGAAGCGAUACUUAAGGUUUGCAUGGAUGUUAGGAUUUCUAUUACUACUCUCAAUGCAAGUGUUAGUACGCAGUGGCGACGGCCCUCUAUGGCCCAGGGUCGCACAGGAAGAGGCCGACGUUUGCAAAAAGACCUGGUGGCUGACUUUGCUUAUGCUAGGAAACUAUGUAGACACUGCUAAUAUUUGUUAUCCUAUCUUAUGGACAGUGCCCUGUGAUUUUCACCUAUCAAUCGUAGGAGUGAUAAUAAUCUGGCUAUUCAAAAAGAACCGUCGGAUUGCGUUUGCAACGUUCACAGUCCUCGUCAUUGCUGCCAUAGUCUUGCCGGGAGUAGUGACUUAUCAGCAAAGGCUACCUGCAGUACCUCCUUUUAAUAUAAGAAGUAUCAAAGACUACCGGAACUCCUUAUUCAAAAAUCCAACUUACUUGUGGAGUCACCUGCGAGCCGGCCCUUACUUGGUAGGCCUCGCAGUGGGUUAUCUGAUGACCGUUUACAAGCCGGACAAACACAGGAAUGUUAUCCCUAAGGCAUAUUCUCAAAUAGGUUUCAUCAUUGCGCUGGCUAUAGCAAUGAAAAUUAUGGUAAUGGGCGGUACAUUCCAAGACAUAGACAGACCGUACAACGUAUGGGAGGCGGCCUUAUUUGUCUCCUUCAACAGGACUAUCUGGGCAAUAGCUAUGGCUUGUUUGAUUGCCUUCUGCGAAUAUGGUGCAGUUCCUAUUAUUGGUCCUUUUCUCAAAUCAGGGAUUUUCUUGCCACUUAGCAAACUUUCGUACGGAACGUAUCUCCUCCACACGGUGGUCUUUUCUCGCGCUGUCAUGUCUACAAGAACUCCAUUGAACCAUGACAUGUUCUUAAUGCUUAUCCACAUAUUCGGUGUAUUGGUAGUAUGUACCAUAAGCAGUUUAUUGCUCUUUGUAUUCAUCGAAGCUCCAAUGAGUAAAAUCAUCAAUAUUAUAUUCGAUAUUCAGAACAAGAAAAACGACUAUAAAGUGAACGAAUGCCAAAAUAAUAAUAUACACGCCAAACAAAAGAAAACUCAGUAAAAAAUAUCACUUUGUUUAAACUUCGUCUGUACAAAAGUUUGUCCUUUGUUAUACCUUUAAAGUUUCUACAUUGUUAAAUUAAAAAGUAUCA